AUGGCUGCACCGGCCUUCCUAUUCUGUCACGUCCGCAUCUUCACCGGGCGGAUGGAGAUCUCUCUGGGGAGUGUUCUGGUGGAGAAUGGGAUUAUCACGGCCGUGUCAGAUCAGGCUGAGAUGCAACCGCCCAAUGCCUCCACCAUAGUCCUUUCUUGCUCAGGUCACACGCUAUUUCCCGGUUUCAUAGAUGGCCACGUUCAUGCACAAUCAGUAGCAUUUGAAGAUAUCCAGCGGCUUCUAAAAGUGCACUACUUGCGAACAAGAAGCCACGAUGAAGCGAUGGAGAUUCUGUACCCGCCCGCAGGGAAAGAUUCAGCAAAGACUCUAUUCCUUGAUCUCAUGGAAAAGUCAAACUUGACACACAAGGGUAUCCGGCGAAUAACAUCGUGUCUGAAAUUUGAGGACACUCUCCAGUUUGUUGCCUUGCCGCAAAUCACCAAGACUGAAGAUGCCCAAGCAAGCGUGACCUCCAAGACAAGCUUAAAGAAGCGACAGACCAUACAAAGCCAUGGUGGACGAACAGACAUGAUAGAAGUGUUCAAAUUGUUAGUCGGUGUCAAGAAGAUACUAGAGAUCAUCGUGGACGACCUGAAAGAGCCCGCACAGAGCGACGACUGCAUUGAAUCCAUUCUUUCUAACAGAGGAGUGGAGGUUUGGAACUGGAAAAAGAUUGAUAUAUGCUCUGAGGUUAUUCGUUGCGCCGCGCCAGAUGUCACAAAGUUGCAUCUGUACUGGAGUGGAAAAAAUGCAGUUCUCCGAGGCUGGAGCGAGAAGAAAGGCAUACCACAGUUGAACAAUCUUAAACAAAUUACGCUACAUAUCCUACAGAAAGGAGGGUCUAUCCUGGUGGCACUCAUUGAUGAUGGUGUUGAUAUCGAACGAGACGACCUGCUCACGAACAAUAGCAGAAUGAUUGAAGGAUACAGCUUUUGCCCUCAACCUGACAACGAGAAGCGAAGCAUUCCGCACUAUAUUUCAAGUGGGGGACAUGGAACAAUCAUGGCUAGUCAGAUCCAUCGCAUUUGUCCUUGGGCUGAAUUGUACGUGCUAAAACUGCACGACCAAUGGGACUCAGAGAGACAGCGACGGAUUACGGCCAACAGCGCCGCUCGGGCUAUCCGUCAAGCUGUGAAAAAGGGGGUUCACAUUAUCUCCAUGUCUUGGACCAUCGUUGUGCCCCCGAGGCCUUUGUCCAGCGAUUUCGAAGAUCUUGAAGCGGCCAUCGGAGAGGCACAGACGAAGGGGAUUCUCAUGUUCUGCUCAGCAAGCGACAAAGGGGCCCAUCAAUGUGGCACCUACCCAUCCAAACGGAUCAAAUCCAUCUUUACCAUCGGGGCAGCUACUCCAGAUGGCCAGCCCAACUCCAGAGUGGGAGACAUAGCUGCCGUAGACUAUCUUUUGCCCGGAGAAUUGGUGGAAGGAGAACAAAGUCCUGAUUUACUCGACACCAAAGUCGAAUAUUUUACCGGCUCCUCAAUUGCUACCGCUCUUGCAGCCGGGCUGGCGGCCCUGAUUCUAUACUGUGCUCAAAUUCGAAUGAUGAGAGAAGAGGGGAGCGAAGAUCAACACGCGUUGGCGUUGGAACACUUCAAUCAGCUGAAAACGCACGAUAAGAUGAGACAGGCAUUUGAGAAUAUCGGCAAAACGAACGAACGUUAUCUCAAAGUCUGGUCGGUCUUUCAGAACCAGAUGCAAGAUUUCGACAGUAAGUCUGCCCAAGACAAGCUCGACAUGAUAGCACGUCUGGCGGUUACUUUGUGUACCCAUUUCUAGAGUCGCUGGUUGUGAUUCCUUGACAAAUUC